ACAAAAAUCAUGUUUCGGAAAAGUCUACUUGCGUGCUGUUGUCUGUUCUUGCAAUAUAAAUCCGCCUCCGCCUUUCGGGGACGAUUUCUAGCAAAGCGAUAUGCUACUGCCGCCGAUAGCACUGUGCUGCAAGCUACGAAGGAGCGCAGGCCUUGGGACUUUGUGCGUUUUGUGACGCAAUCUUCCAAAUUCGUCAGCAUUUUUCCUACUCGCACUCCGACGCGUAUGGUAAAACCCGGCAGAGUGCUCUGGGAUCCCAAGGGUGAUGGCGAAAAUGACUUCACGCUGGCUCCACUAGAUGAUGUUGUCAUGGGAGGAGCUUCGUCGUCCACCUUCUCCUUCGGGCGCUGGAAAGGAACUGUGACGGAUGCGAACAAUGGGGGAUUUAUUGGAAUUCGAUCCACCCCGUCAUUCCUAUUCGACAUGAGUGCCUGCGAAGGCAUUGAAAUCAAGCUGACAUCGGACGAUACACAGAGGCGUUUCAAAUUCGGCCUUCGCGACUCAAAAGAAUUUAAUGGUAUAGUCUGGACAGCCAGUGUGGAUGUCAGAGGCAGUAAAGCCGUUCGCGUGAAUUUCAAUAAAUUGGUUCCAACCCUCUUUGCCAGAACGGUUCCAAAUUCGCCAACGUUCAAAAAGGACAACGUGGUCGGGUUGCAACUGAUCUAUUCCAAGUUUGAAUACGAUGGUGAAAUGAAUCCGAACUUUACGCUUGGCGACAUCGACGUUGCCGUUUCGGAAAUCAAGGCCUUUUAGGGAUCGCGUCAUUUCGUAAGCAAUAUUGCAUCAUCUAUAAGUGCAUAGAAGUUCUCGCUUUAAUGUAUACGGCACCUAAUCCGCGAUGAUACAAAAGGGGGAAAUGGCCGUACCAUGCUGCCGGCACAAGAAUUCAUUCGACCCGAUCCCAAGAACUUUUUCAAUGAUUCUCGUGAUCGUCAAUUGACUUUAUGCAUGGAAUGAAUGUAUUGACUGUGAGACGAAGGUUGUCCAUAGUUUGCUCAAACGGACCAUUUACGUUGGCCUUAAAUUGCCGGUUGCCAUGCCUUUCCACUUUGAAACAAAAACUAAAAUUUGAAUUUACAAUUU